CCGCCCUACCCCUCCGGCCCACACCGGAAAUGAGGUCAGACAGAGAAACCCGGGUGGUGAGAGUCGGCCCAAAAAGCGGCGGCCGUUGGAGGUGGCUGCGGCAGCUGAUGUGGCCUCAUGGAUGAGCUGGUACACGACUUAGCCUCAGCCUUGGAGCAGACAUCUGAGCAGAAUAAGCUUGGUGAACUGUGGGAGGAGAUGGCCCUGAGCCCCCGACAGCAGAGGCGGCAGCUUCGGAAACGCCGAGGUCGGAAGCGUCGUUCUGACUUCACUCACCUGGCAGAGCAUACCUGCUGCUACAGCGAGGCCUCUGAGUCAAGUCUGGAUGAGGCCACUAAGGACUGUCGAGAAGUGGCUCCGGUGACCAAUUUUAGUGACUCUGAUGACACAAUGGUAGCCAAACGACACCCAGCUCUCAAUGCCAUUGUUAAGAGUAAGCAACAUUCUUGGCAUGAAUCUGACUCCUUUACUGAAAAUGCACCUUGUCGACCACUCAGGCGCAGGCGGAAGGUGAAGCGAGUGACAUCAGAGGUGGCUGCUAGCCUUCAGCAGAAGCUGAAGGUGUCAGAUUGGAGCUAUGAGAGAGGCUGCAGGUUCAAGUCUGCUAAGAAGCAGCGUCUGUCCCGUUGGAAGGAGAAUACUCCCUGGACCUCUUCAGGUCACGGAUUGUGUGAAUCAGCGGAAAAUAGGACUUUCCUAAGCAAAACAGGAAGGAAAGAAAGGAUGGAGUGUGAAACAGAUGAACAAAAACAGGGCUCUGAUGAGAACAUGUCAGAAUGUGAAACCAGCAGUGUGUGUAGCAGCAGUGACACUGGGCUCUUUACCAAUGAUGAAGGGCGACAAGGUGAUGAUGAACAGAGUGAUUGGUUCUAUGAAGGAGAAUGUGUCCCAGGAUUCACUGUCCCUAAUCUUCUGCCCAAGUGGACUCCUGAUCAUUGUUCUGAAGUAGAAAGGAUGGAUUCUGGAUUGGAUAAAUUUUCAGAUUCCACGUUCCUUUUACCUUCUCGGCCAGCUCAAAGAGGGUACCAUGCUCGCUUGAAUCGUCUACCUGGAGCUGCAGCUCGAUGCCUCAGAAAGGGGCGAAGAAGGCUGGUUGGGAAGGAUACCAGCAUAAACACUUUGGGGACUGAGAGGAUAAGCCAUAUCAUUAGUGACCCUCGGCAGAAAGAAAAGAAUAAAGCGUUGGCUUCUGAUUUUCCUCACAUUUCUGCUUGUGCACAUGAGUUCAAUCCCCUGUCUCCCCUUUACUCCCUGGAUGUUCUUGCCGAUGCUUCUCACCGAAGGUGUUCACCAGCACACUGCUCUGCCAGACAGGCAAAUGUACAUUGGGGACCACCAUGUUCACGUGACAUCAAGAGGAAGCGGAAACCAGUGGCCACAGCAUCUUUGUCUAGCCCCAGUGCAGUUCACAUGGAUGCAGUGGAGCCAACCACACCAGCAUCACAAGCCCCCAAAUCACCCAGCUCUGAGUGGUUGGUGAGGACCUCUGCAGCAGAGAAAGCCACAGACGCAACUACUGCUACAUUUUUUAAAAUGCCACAAGAAAAGAGCCCUGGAUACAGCUAGAGAGCAAGACUUCAGCCUCCAGGAGCUGACUGGGUGUUGCUGAAGCAAAUGUUGGACUUUGUGUUAGAUAGUCUUGCAUAUCUUAAUCGACAUUCCCAGUCCUUUCACCACCAGAACCAACUCCUCUUUCAAACACAGCAGUGGAUUCUUUCUCUCAGAAGAUCAUGUUGUGGGAAUCUUUUUUUUUUUAAAGUAAAAUAUUGAGGCAGCAAUUUUUUACAAAAAGGUCAUCCUCUGCUCUGUUUGUUACCUUGUUAUUGCUGUCUCAACAUUUACUACAGCUCCAUUUACAGAGCUGUUGCUUUUUUGCAGUUGUCUUUGUUCUUGAAAAACCAGUAACUGCUUCUGCAUACCUUUUGUGUAGAGCUUUUAAUAUCAUUUGAGGAAGUUCGAAAUUUGUAGCCAGUUCCAAACAAAUUUAAAUACUGAGUUGAGGCCUGUAUGGAAUUGUGUUCGCAGGAGAUAAGGCUUGCCUUUGAGCCUACUCUUGAUUCACCCAGAGUGCCAAUAAGAUAAAUCGACCAAGUUUUGGGGCCUCAAAAGAGACACCAGCAACUGGGCCUUGAGAACUUCCAUUUUUUUUUGCAGAUUGUCUGCAGAAACUCAGACAGCUCAUCAUCAGCAGCAGCUGUAUUGUAUUUUACCUCAUCUUCAGAGUUUCUGUUCUACUGAAAGAGGACAUGUGUAUAUACACACACACACACACAGAGAUUGGUGUAAUGGAGAAGAUGGUUUAGGUAUACAGCAAAUUUAAAAUAGUCAGUGGAUUGUGUCUUACUACUUCAUGUCCCAGUGUAAGCCUUUAUGUCCUAAGCAGGACUUUAUUGUUAGUAUUAUAGGUUAAUAACCUGCAGCAGAAAUUCAUACUCUAUUAUAAUAAUGGCUUCUUGGGGCCAUGCUUUGGGGAGGUAAAUUGUCUUUUUGACAGGGCUUUAUACUUGGCGUGUUUAUGAUGGCCCAGCUGCAUGUGGAGUUAUAUAUACAGUCGUGCCUGAAGUUGGAUGCUACUUUGUCAAAAUGAGAAAUAAGUGAUGGCCUGGAGCUGCUGGAGAGAAGCCUCGCUUUCUAGAAAGUAUUAUCAAGAGUGUCUGUCAUUCAUUCAGGGGCCUGGCUGACAAAAGGGCUCUUUUUUUUAUACCAAUGAGUAUGUUUACUCUGAAAUACAUAGAAGCUCUUGGUGAAGUGCUCCCUGCUCUGGUCACAUUAUAGAGGGACUCCCACUCACGCACCUGCUUAUUUUCUGUCUUACAUAGGUGCGACAUGGGGCAGCACCUCCUUCCCCUAAAGUGCGAUUGCCCCUGUUUCCCGUACGAAGUGUAAUGAUGGGUUGCUUUAUCAUAUUCCCUCUUAAAAUUAUAGUCGUUAUCAAUGGAAACUCCAGAUUUCUUUAUCGAAGGGAGGUGGGUGGGCAUGAAUUUAGUUGGAAAAGGGGACUUGAAGCUAAGUUUACAUGGCACUUUAAGACUGAGAACAUGUCAAUUGUUCAUAAUCAGGAAUAUGGUAGAGGGAGAGCAGGUGGAGAUGAUGGGAUGGGAAAGUGCUGAAACCAGCCCAGCAUGCCCGUGAGUCGCCUCUGGUUCUCACGCAGCAGUGUGUGUGCUCACAGGGACGUUCCACCCCUGGUUCUCAUGCGGUAGUGUGGGAGAGUGCUGAAGCUGGCCCAGCAUGCCUCUUAGUUGCCUCUGGUUCUCAUGCAGCAGUGUGUGUGCUUACAGGGGUGGAGAUGAUGGGACGGGAGAGUGCUGAAGCUGGCCCGGCAUGCCUCUGAGUCACCCCUGGCUCUCAUGCAGCAGUGUGUGUGCUUACAGGGACUUCCCAGGCUGCACUUUCCUUCCCUGUGUGCUGCACCCAUAGAAGUAUAGAAAAUAUAAUGUCUGUUGAAUAUAAAAUGGUACCACUGAAUUGUUUUAGUGAUGAGGUUAGAUUUUGUUGUCAUGUGCAUUGUCACCAUAGUGACCCAUGGCAUAUAUUUUUAACAUACUUGGUUGGGUUUGAGAGAAAUCUGUGGACAUAAUUUUUUGUUUGUGUCAAGCUCUAUGACUCAUGCAGUGAUUGGUCCCAUGAUCAUGGCGUAUUAGUGAAAACCUCCAAAGGUCAGGUGGCCAAGGUGUUCCCACAUUUUUUCUAUAUAACUUGUUGCCUAAUAGUCUGCCUUUCUACCUAUGAUUAAAAAUAAUUUUUAUAUACAACAUUAUUUACAUUUCAAACACCUCUACGAAGUCAUGCCAUUUUAAGGAGAUGAAAACAGCCACAGAGUUGAGUGACUUGCUCCAAAUCACAUAACUAAGCCAGGACUAGAAUCCCAGACUUUCAGAUUUUCUCUGCCCUGGGUUAUAAUCUCUUGUUUUUCAGUGAUAGACCUGAGUCAGUCUGAGAUGCUUAUUUAUGAAACGAUAUACCAUGAAUAUUUAUUAUCUUUCUUGGGCAUGCUUUUCUACACAUUUUGAAUACUUUCAAUAGGGAUUACCCAAGAAUGCAACAUCUACCUGUAAUAAAUGGGGAGAAAAUUAGUUGCCUGAGAGAACAGAAUAUUAAGCACACAAAUACUUUCCAGCACAGGGUUGUAAAUUGUGCUCCUCAUUUUAAGGUGCUGUAUGUGCAUGUUUAAAGAAUUAUUAAUCAAUGUACUCUGCUUGCUUUCUGUAUUAACCAGUUCCAGAGGAUAGCCUUAGAAAUGAGUGUAGUCUGAAUCUUAAAGUUUCUUUAUAUGCAGCACAGUGUAUAAUGUCAUAAGUUAAGAAAAAUCUAUUACCUUUCAAAGAAGUUACAUAGUUUCAAAAAUCAGGUUUUAUAAUCAGUGUUGAAAAAACUCUGAAAUAUGACUUACUUUGAGGAUGAUCCUUGAACUCAUGUAUUUGAUCUGCUCAAAAGUAAUAACUAAAGUUGAGUUAAACAGUUUUUAUUUAUUUCAGGGUUCUGAUUUUUCCCAGCUGGCUACACAAAUGGCCUGUCUGAAUCCUAAUUUUGUGUGUUUUCCACGAUGGGCAGAAGUCAGAACAUUAUCUGCGUCUGUGAGGAUCAUUAAUAAAAAGUUAGUUUUAAUUAUGAGUUUAA